GGAUUCUCUUCUCGUAAGGAAACAACCAGUUGAGGCAGAAGUGCUAAGCUAAAGGCCUCUUCCAGCUGGCCUGCCUCCCCCUGACCCCGAAGAAUGUCCAAGAGGAAUUGCAAGCAGAGUCGCUUCUCAUCACUACCUCCUUCCACCAGCACUCGGCCCAGGGCCCGAUACAAUGCUUCCUUCCGUCGGGGGAAGCCAAGUCGACAGCCUCGCCGCGGCAAAGCAGCCUGCAAAGCCUGGAAAGCCUCGGAAGGGUCCGGCGCGGUUCGGAGGAGUUGAAGAAGCCGAGUCUCCUCUUCGUCUCCCCCUGACAAACCACCUCCAGACCCAGACCAACUACUUGAGACUGCCUCCGCCGGCAUCAAGAGGGCCGAGGCCAGAGGCGAAGGUGUCGGGGAGCAGGAGCCGUGGUCUCCGGCAGCUCCUCGGCAGUAGUUUUUCUCGCCUCUCAUGGCGCCCCCACGUAGACUAUCAUCAGUCUCUGAGGCGGAAGGACGACUGCGGCUCUGAAGGCGAGAGGCACCGAGGGCUGGAAGGGGAGGCAGAGGGUGCAGCGCGGAGGGCGCAGCCGCCAUGGAGGGUCGUCAAGUGGAGGCUGGAGGAAACCAUCGUCUCCGAAGGGCUCGAUGGAGCCCAGCCUUCUUGUUCCUCUCCAAGCCUCAAGCUGCAGAAGAGGAAAAGGAACAGCUUGACCAGCUGCCAAGCUUGACUCUGAGGCUGCCUUCAGCAAAAUGGCCCCCGCCGGAGCGCCAGACCCCACAGCUGCCACCGGGCGUAACCAGGGGCACCACGUGACCAAACCGAUCGCUUCCAUGGUGAUGUACCCAGAGCGGACGUCUUAACCCGGAAAUUAACCUGCAGUGAUGAAUGCUGGGUUAUGUAGUCUACGUCAGAAAUUCGGAUUAGGCUGACGUCUUCUGGAAAAGGAAGUGAGAGUGUUGCGAACGUAGCGAACGUAGUGAACGAGUGAACGUAGUGAACGUCUCUGUAGCAGGGAAGGCGAGGAAAGGAGACGGCAGUAAGCGGAAGUGACGCUCUCCUCGCUCCGGGCGGAAGUUCCCCGCCCCACCCGUAGGAAUUGAGAUUUGACUAGAGGCAAGUGAGGAUCUUGCCCGGGCUCCAGUCGUCCACGGCUCCUCCUCCUGUUGCUGCGGGAGUGAUUCUUGGGACUCAGAUGGACCACACAUCUCCGACCUACAUGCUUGCUAACCUAACCCACUUACAUUCUGAACAACUUCUGCAGGGCUUGAAUCUUCUUCGUCAACAUCACGAACUCUGUGACAUCAUUCUUCGAGUAGGCGAUGUUAAAAUCCAUGCUCACAAAGUGGUACUUGCCAGCAUCAGCCCAUAUUUCAAAGCUAUGUUCACUGGAAAUCUUUCUGAAAAAGAGAACAGUGAGGUCGAGUUUCAGUGCAUUGAUGAAACUGCUCUCCAAGCCAUUGUGGAGUAUGCCUAUACAGGGACUGUUUUUAUUUCACAGGACACAGUUGAAUCUCUCCUUCCAGCAGCAAACCUACUCCAGAUAAAACUUGUCCUAAAAGAAUGUUGUGCAUUUCUUGAAAGCCAGCUUGAUCCUGGUAAUUGUAUUGGAAUUUCUCGUUUUGCAGAGACAUAUGGUUGUCAUGACCUUUAUUUGGCAGCCACUAAAUACAUAUGCCAGAAUUUUGAAGCCGUUUGCCAGACUGAAGAGUUUUUUGAACUUACGUAUGCUGACUUGGAUGAAAUUGUUUCCAAUGACUGUUUGAAUGUAGCUACUGAAGAGACUGUUUUUUAUGCACUUGAAUCUUGGAUUAAGUAUGAUGUCCAAGAACGCCAGAAAUACUUAGCACAGCUACUUAAUAGUGUGCGAUUACCACUGCUGAGUGUUAAGUUUCUCACUAGAUUAUAUGAAGCAAAUCAUCUUAUUCGUGAUGAUCGUACUUGUAAACAUCUUUUGAAUGAAGCCCUGAAGUACCACUUUAUGCCUGAACACAGACUCUCUCAUCAGACAGUCUUGAUGACCCGACCUCGCUGUGCUCCCAAAGUACUUUGUGCAGUGGGAGGAAAAUCUGGACUGUUUGCCUGUUUGGAUAGUGUGGAGAUGUACUUUCCUCAGAAUGACUCUUGGAUUGGUUUGGCACCCCUAAACAUUCCUCGCUAUGAAUUUGGAAUAUGUGUUUUAGACCAAAAAGUGUAUGUUAUAGGUGGUAUUGAAACUAACGUGCGUCCUGGCAUCACUAUCAGAAAACAUGAAAAUUCAGUAGAAUGCUGGAAUCCUGAUACAAAUACCUGGACUUCCCUGGAGAGAAUGAGUGAGAGCCGAAGUACCCUUGGAGUAGCAGUACUUGCAGGAGAACUUUAUGCAUUAGGUGGUUAUGAUGGACAGUCUUAUUUACAAUCUGUAGAGAAAUAUAUUCCCAAAAUAAGAAAAUGGCAACCUGUAGCACCAAUGACUACAACAAGAAGUUGUUUUGCCGCAGCUGUGUUGGAUGGAAUGAUAUAUGCCAUUGGUGGGUAUGGUCCUGCCCACAUGAACAGUGUGGAGCGUUAUGAUCCAAGUAAGGACUCCUGGGAGAUGGUUGCAUCUAUGGCAGAUAAAAGGAUUCACUUUGGUGUGGGUGUCAUGCUAGGCUUUAUUUUUGUGGUGGGUGGCCAUAAUGGUGUUUCACAUUUGUCAAGCAUUGAAAGAUAUGACCCUCAUCAAAAUCAGUGGACUGUGUGUAGACCAAUGAAAGAACCCAGAACAGGAGUUGGUGCUGCAGUAAUUGAUAACUACCUUUAUGUAGUUGGUGGUCACUCAGGGUCUUCCUAUCUGAAUACCGUGCAGAAAUACGACCCUAUCUCAGAUACAUGGCUGGAUUCAGCUGGCAUGAUAUACUGUCGCUGCAAUUUUGGAUUAACUGCACUUUGACAAGUGUGGACUUGUGGAAAUAGUGUAGUGAUGAACUUUGUGUCGCAUGAAAGGAUACCCAAUUCUCUGAAGCCCAAUAGCUACAUUGCUUUCUCUUUAACUUGAAAUGGCAUGAAGACUCAAAGAUUUGCUGGUUACUUUGAACUGACAAGUAGCUUUGGUUGCUCUUGAUUACACGGUAUAAUAAUCAAAAAAAAAAAAAAAGAACUUGCCAAUUGAAUUGUGCACUUUUUUUUUCUAAUACUGGGAUAGAAUAGUUUUAUGUUUAUGUGUGUACAUGUAGAGAAAACCUUGCUGCUUAAAAAAAAAAAAAAUAACUCUCUUCCUUUUCCUUGUCAUACACCAUGAUUUACCAGGAUGAGAAAUGCUUAGAUGCUGGAGUUAUAUUGAGUGCCUGGACAGAAUGCUGAUAAGGUCUGUUAGAUGUAAAUUCAUAUGCUUACAUUUUAAACAAAGGGCUGCUCCCCCCCCCCCACUGCAGGUACUUUUAAGGGUUGUAAAUUACACACCAUAGUAAGGCACCUGGAUAUUUUCCCUGCUAAAUGGCUUUAGGGCUGAGGGUGUAAUAAGUUUGCAAGAUAAAUGCAUUUAUUAUCAUGCUAUUUGGGGUCCUAUUUUAAGAAAUCAGAUAUUUACUGUGUAUGCCUUUUUCAUAUGGGCAGGUUAAUGCUGGAUGAAUUUAGUUAACCCAUCUAUGCUAUGCUAAGCAUGGGAUAGAAAGAGUUAAACAUAUCAGUUUCAGGGUUUUUAGUAGUACAGCAAGCUUUGCAGUGUUGAUGUAAAUAUUUGACAGAUGUUUAAUACUACCCUUAGUGCACGUUUAUUUUUUUCAUGUAUCCUUAUAGUUUAGUUUUCUAAGACUUCUGUUUGCGCUCUCAAAGUGUUCAGAUAUAAAAAUGGUGCUACCUGUAGAUCUCUAACAAGGCUCUAACAAUGUUCUUUGGAUGUUAAGGUAUGCAUGACAUGUUUUGAUAGUAUUUUUUAUUUUUACUGGCUUGAUUAAUUUGUGCUUAUUAAAAAUGUUAGUGAUUAUACUAAUAUUAACAUCCAAAAAUCAUUCAAAUGGCCUAUGUUAUGGAUUUCAUGGUUCCUGAAAAGUGAUUUAAAGGAAGAUACAUUUUUUAAAUCUUUUUUCUUCUUGUGCUAGAUGUUAUAUGCCCUUCUUAAAGAAAUAUAUGCAUUAAAUAUAAAGCACUAGGCAGUUAUGCAUUACUUUGUACAUUUCUUAGGUAACUGAAUAUUUUAAAGUUAUUGAGGAAAACUGGAACUUGAUGUUUACUUGAGUAACGGUUCUAAAUUCAGUUUUACUUUGACUAAAGAAAUGAUCUUUUAAAGCAAAAUUGUUUGCUGUAGUCAAAUGAUAGCUUAUUUAAAAGAACUGGUUAACCUAUUUUGUUUUAGCAUGUUUGAGUAAAUGUCUGUUAGUUUUGAAUACAUUACUUUGCAUUUUCUAGGAUAGCGGUACUUGUAUUUUUGGUACUGAAGUCAUUUUGUUUUUCUUUCCUUCAUUUUUUCUUUCUUUUUUUUUUUAAACUGCCCAUUCUUUAUAGUCUCUGCAAAACUAAUGUAUAUUUUUUUCCUAAGAAAAAAUUCAUAAUACAUUCUUAAGUGCCAUAAUGUUCUGAAUAUUAAGAAGCCAUUUGUAAUUACAAAACAUAGGUUCAUUUGUUAACAUAUAUGUUAUUUCUUGAAAACUAUUUAUAGCCAGGCAAUUUGCAGUUUUCCUUGUUCUUCCAUAAACUGCCACUUGUAGAUUUAAAUAUAUACUACAAAACUAUAUAAACUCAUCUUUAAUCGUAUAAGUAGUUUCAUGCUUAUGAAUAUUUGCACAGAUUAUAAAAACCUUGCAAGUGAUUUUUAGUCUCUUUCUAAUUAACUUACCAGGAGCUACUAAUAAAAUUGACGGGCUGAAUAUUUUCUAUGUUGCUUGUUUGAAUAACAUAAUGAUAUAUAGCAAUAACUUUUUAAUUGAUUUGAAUAAAUCUGUUGAAUAGAAACAAGGUGCACUAUUGUGAUUGGCAUAGACUUUAUUUAAAGAAUGCAAUUUAAAAUAAAUUCCAUCACAUAAAUAAUUUUAAAUCCUCAACUCAAUUUUCUUUCAUUUAUAUCAAUCUAAUUGUUAAAUAUAUCCUGUUAGACUAUUUUAAUCCCCUCUCCCUGGAAGAUAAGGAAAUUUGAAAGACAAUAGAAAUUUAUUUUAAGCAUAAGCAGAUACCUACUAUGUAUACAUUUUAAUUUUAAUUUUUUUUGUUUUUCGGCUGCCCACGGCAUAUGGAGUUCCUGGCCCAGGGAUCAGAUCCAAGCCACAGUUGCAGUUUACGCUAUAGCUGUGGCAAUGCCAGAUUCUUUAACCCAUUGUGCCAGACCAGGGAUCAAACCUGCAUCCUGGAGCUGUUGAGAUGCCGCCGAUCCCGUUGUGCCACAGCGGGAACUCUGUUUUAAUGUUUUACUCACAUAUCAUCCCAGUUAUCAAAUUAGCAUAAAAUAUAUACUCAUUAGGUAAAUUAGACCAAAGGCAUGAGUUGAUCAUUGUUCUAGAAAAAUCUAAAUUUGAUCUUGGUGAAGACUAAAUAUGAAACAUCUUGAGCAAUAGUAAGAGCCAUGUACUACAGAACAAAUGAUGAAAACCUGUAAAGAGAAGAGAAAAAAAAUCCAAAUUUAGAAAUAUUUAUUUUAGGUUUGCUAAAUCUACUUACUGCGCAUAACAACCAGAGAUAUUGUGACCUGACAACUAAUAACUUUACAAUAAAUAGAGCCUUCUCACAGAGAUUUGUGAGAAGUUUCAUCAUGAACACUUGGCUGACAAAUUGUAAACUUAAAGCCACAUUUCUUAUGUUAAAAAGGAUUAAAAUGUUUGAUUAUAAAUUCCCAGGGUUAAGGAUAUUAGGAAUAAUUUUAUAUGGCUCAGGCAAGGAGAAAUCUAUUUAAGAUUACCCAGAACUAUUUUGGAAAAAAGUAACAGUGGGAAAUAGAAAUUAAUCAGUUAGAAGAUAAUUGCCUUCUUUAAUUAUGUUAUGAAGACUUAAUCUGUUAGGAAUGUUUAGCUAUUUACUAUUUGUUGAAUAUAGUAAGAGAACUUAAAUGAUUUUUAAAUGUAGCCCAAAGAUAGUUAUAUAAGGUCCAUAUAUUAUUGCUAAUACUGUUCUAAAUAUGAAUAAAUAUUACAUUAUAGGAUGUGGUAUCAAGUAAUAGAAUGGCAUUAGGUUUUGAAAAAUUAUUUUGACACCUUGACAAAUACGGACGGUCUCCUGUAUAUAUGAGAUGCUGUGCUAGAUGCUAUGGGGGCUAGGAAUAUAAAUAAGAUAUAGUCUUCUCACUCAAAGCAUAAAAUAUAGUGAGGGAGACCUGUAUCCAAAUAACUAUUAUGGUAAAGUGUGAAUCUAAUUCCUUAUUUCCAGCAUCAUAGGAAGUGAUUGGAGAUCCAAUUUAUGUUAUAAACAUUUGUGUCCUUUAGUGUCUAAUUAGGUUUUAUUGACAGAAGAGAAUUAUUUUUUAAAAAAAUUCUAGUAUUUCCAGAAUUCCAACUUUCCUAGAAUUGGAUUAUAUAUUUUCUAAUAGAAAAACAAUUAUAGAAACUUAAAAAAAUAUUUACUAUGUUACUAAGGCUCUGGCUAACAUCAAAGGAUGUACAUGUAAAUAUAAUCUUGUUUGUUUUCAGUUUUGGUGUUGGAUUUCUGGUAUUGUCACCUAAGUGCUCAUUUUCAGGAAAAUCAGAUUCUACAAUAAAUAUACUGCUUCAAGUUCAAUAAACUUGUGACAACCUCUAUAACCUCUAUAGUCUAAAAGUUAAGAACUUAUAAAAAUGUCACAUGUCAAGUUAACAUCCAGUUCUACUUCUUAACCUUUUUUUUCUUUGUAAAACAGCACUUUAAUUAGACAUGAUUUAAUUAGAGACAGUUACUCUGUGACUGGGUAUAUAUUGGAUUUUCACAUACAGUAUAUCGAUUCAGUGUUGAUAUGCAUUUGAAAAGAGUGACUAAUACAAUAAGUUUAAAAUAUUAUAUAUAGGUUUACAAGUUUUCUUACUGGUGUGAAUAUGGAAUCAAAAAUCCAGUUUACAUCUCUGCAGAGAAAAAAACUGUUAUCCAUGUCUUUUUAUAUUAUACAUAUUUAACUAGAGAUAAUUUAUUGUUAAUUUCAUCAAGUUAUCAUGUGUAGGUCCCAUUUAUUUUAAAAUACUAAGCAAAAAGUUCCAAGUUUGCCUUAAAAACAAGAGAAAUUAAAGAACUGGAUGAUAAUGCCUACAUUUUUGCCUUAUGAAUUGUGCUGUAUCAUAAACCAGAAAUGGUUUAGAUUUUAACAGGAUUCUGAAAUUUUGUAGAUGUAGAGUACUAAGAGCUGUACUCUGUUGCAAAGAAUGUGAUCUAGUUGUGGAUUAUGUUAAUGUUUAAGUGUUUUGUUUCUUUUUUUUUGUAUGUGUAUUUUACCUCUGAGUAUAUACCUUUUUAGCAUCAGGGUUUUAUUUUAUUUCUGUUUACAUAGUAAAGUGGCAUUUAACUUGUUGAAGGUUGCAUUCUUUUGUCUUUUGUUUUAAAAGUUCUUUAUGUGUACUUUUGUGGUAAUGCUCUGUUAUGACUAUGGUUCAAUUUGAUUUAAUGUGAAAUAUUUAAAAUAAAUUUGAAAAAC